AUGGUCGAGGUUCCUCCGUCAGGAUGUACGGCGACAAGAGCACAACAGAGGAAGCGACGGCGGCGGCGGUACAGCAGGACAUCACCUUGAUCGUGGUGCUGGCGGUGCUGGUGCCUCUGGUGUUGCUCCUGCUCGUCGUUGUCUUCCGCAAGUUCAACCGCAAGGACCGCCAGGAUGGUCCCAUGUACGAGAUCGCCGCCUCAGACUACCCGAUGCCCUUCUACCCGGACACCACCAAGAAACUCAAGGGUCUGGCCCCUGACCUGACGCAGGGGGUGGGCAUGGCACCUCUGCCACCCACGGCCUUGCCUCUAUGCUAUGACCACGCCUACAGCGACCCCGCCUCCGUCUCCAGUGGGCACAAAUCGAGUGUGGGCAUGGUGGGCUCUGUGUACGAGGAACACUACUCUGCCCCCGCCAGUGGUCGAGGGGGCGGUCCUUCGGGCAGUGUCACCCCGGCAUCAGAACACCAUUACGACGUCCCUCACCUUCGCCCGGGUGGUCACGACUCCCCCGCACCCUCGGAAGCGUGUCACUUGCUCCUGCCGUCCAGGGCCUUAGCUACCCCUACAAUAGACGGCAGCGUGGGCAGUAGAUGCCUUGACUCGCCCGUGUCCUCCCUGGAGAAGCCCCCGAGGAGCGACUCACCAGCGUCCCUCUCUAGUGAGGCCACCUCGAGUUCACGGCCUACGUCAGCAUCAUGCUCGGAGACUAACCGGGACCUGCAGCCCCCAAAGGAGCUAGUGGGUGCUGAGGGGGCAGCCUGGGGGAUGAUGACGUCUGUUGGGGGGCGACUAGUGGUGGCUGAGUAUGGGGUAGUGCUGACUAUCCCCAGUGGUGCUCUGCCCCCAGACACCCGUCAGCAGGUGUAUGUGUCGGUCGGGCCCAACCUACAUCCAGCCCCAGCCCUCACCGACCGACAGACAUUACUGAGCCCCGUGGUGACGUGUGGGCCGCCCAAUGUAUCCCUGCUAAAACCUGCCGUGCUGUCCUUUGAGCACUGCGCCUCUCUGCAGCACGCCGCUUGGCAGCUCCAUAUCUUCGCCACCAACACAGCCUCCUCCUCCUCCUCCUCCUCUUCCUCUGCAGGAAAUACGUCUUCCUCCUCCUCCUCUACUAGUGAGGAGCCUUGGAGCAGACUCAUCACCAUGGGCGAAGAAAGGAUCGACACCCCAGUUUUUACACAGCUUGAUGGUGCUCAGGUUCACAUGAUGACAGAGUCACUGCAGAAGUUUGUGCUGGUAGGGGAGAGUGCUGGCUCAAACGCAGCAGUGAAGCAGGUGAAGGUAGUGACAGCAGCGCCCCCACCUACACCCUCAGGCACACUCACAGUCACCCUCCACGUCAUGCACGACACCUCUGCCGCCCUUGCCUAUGUGACCCAGCAAGAGCGGCGUCGUGGGGCCUCACUGCUGGAUAAACCAAAGAUGAUGUUACUGCAAGAUUGUGGCGCCAACCUCUGCCUCACCCUUGAUGACCUCGGCCCUGGCUGGCGGAUCAGGCCAGGCCAACACUAUAAGGAAAUAUCAUUUGAGACUCUUUGGGGAGCCAAGAACGACCCUGUGAGUGCUUCCUUCACCCUGGAGCGCACUGAGGGGUCAUCGGCACCCCUUGCGUGUAGGAUGGUGUCCCAGCAGAAGGGCUCAUCCACACACCGACAAGUCAUCAGAAUUAACUCUGAUUUCCCUUACGCCCCCGUCACUGCGUCUCCAGCACACAUAGCUCCAAGGACUUCCACAGUAACAUCUAGCAGUGGGUGUUCUUCGUUGGUGGAACUGACCCCAGAGCCUGGAGCCUUCCGCCUUCCUCAGCGCCUUCGCUGGGAGCUGUGUCGCUGUCUUGACCCACCUAAUGCUCGAGGCAAUGACUGGCGCAUGCUGGCUGCUAGACUUAAUGUUGAUAGGUACUUGAACUAUUUUGCUUGUAAGGCAAGUCCUACAGAGCACAUCCUGGAUCUGUGGGAGGCGCGCCACAGGGAGCCCAAUGCUCUUACCGACCUCCUCAACGUCCUACGGGUCAUGGGUCGACCAGAUGCCGCCCAUGUCCUUGAAAGUCACGCCGGUGCCUGGAUAUGAGCUGUGCCCCUCUUAACGUGCAGUGCCUAGUCUGGAAAUGCUGCACUUCUUAUUUUAGACAAGAUACAUUCACCUCAGGGCGAGGCCCUGGAUGUCUAAUGUGCUAUUCUUCUUCUUGCAUUUCCGCUGUGUGCAAUUCUCGCGGGUGUUGACACUCCCAGUAUCUGUAACUCCUGGGCUAAAAUAUUCCCUAGUUAUCCAAGCUCUUUCCCCGGAGAUGAAUUUGUGAAGUAUGUGAGUGUGAUUGUUAUGAGAGCCAAUAACAGAGCUCUAUCAACAUAUGUAUAAUGACGGUGAACUUCAGUUGUAUUCGGAUCUGUGCCUGAACUAUUGCUUGACGUGAAAUGUUUUAAACUUAAACUCAUGACGCCAACUAAUGUCAGUUGUUCUGACCUCUACCUGUACAAAAUAAAGAAGAUGCGCAUGAUUAGAAGUGCUAGUAGAAGUGUCAUUGUAAAUGCUUGAACUAUGCUCUCCUUUGCCUCUUUGUGGUUCACAGGAAGCUUUCAGAGAGCCUGAUGGAUGUGGACGUGUUGUGUGCAAUAUGUUCAUCAGUCUAGCAAUGCAAUGGAGCAAGCAUUGCAGUGGCCUAGACCACGUGCCAUAGUCUGUAGGACAAUCACCACAAACGAUGUGUAACUUCAGAAAAGCAUGAUAGUUGACAAUACCACGAGCUUUCUGACCUUGUGUUUAGAUUAGACGACGACGAAGACGACGACCGUGUAGCAGCUACACUUAACUUGUACUAAGUGUUCAGACAGUUCGUCCAUGUUUGUUUAGAGUAUCAUGCCUAAUAGAUGUUACCUCCCCUAAGAUAUUUAUAGCUCUAUGCCACAGGUGCAUGCCCAGUGAGACAGACCCUCGACGUCUGCAUUGUUACGAUCUUCAUGGUCGACAUUCUUGGUUUUGUACAUAGAAAUUCAGUUCUAAAGUGGAUUAAAGAGAUCUGGUUUAUAGUAAGAUUUUGUGUCAUGGAAGAUGUUGUAUAGUUUAUUUAUUUACAAUUGUGUGAUAUUGCCAUAAACUGUAGCAUAAGAGACUUUGUACGAAUGUACUGGUAUUGAUAUUCUGGUGUGUCAGCACAAGUACAUGUGGCUACCAACCAUAAGCUGUGACAGUUAAGCUCCUAGACAGUCUAGAGCCAGCAGUUACAACUUGUGGUUAAAGUGCUUGGUACAUUACUAGACACAUACAACAGAGGAGGGAAUCCCAGUACAGUCUCAAUCGAAAUCCAAGUGCAUUAACCACAAACUGCCUCCUUGGUAGGCUGCCUGGGGAGGCAUGAGGUGACAGAGGUGAAUGAAUGUCGGGGUCUAUCAUCAGUAACAACAUUAAUUAUUUCUUGUAUAGAUUAGCCCAGUUGGUUUCAUCUAGUCUUUGUGGAAAAUUAAAUUCAAGUAAUGAAACAAACAUUCAGCCCUCAUCAUGAUGUGCCUGCCAGCGGUACCCUGAGGUGUGGAUCUGACCGUAAUCAUGCCUGAUGUGGGUCACAUUUUGUGAUUCCUACAUGAAUGGAAUGUCUUUAAGGAUGAACACCAUAAAGACAAAGGCCAAUUUUGUUCCUGCUUUGAAAGAUUUGCCAGAGUGUAAGUGAAUGAUGGCCUGUGUGACCAACUUGAUUAUGCUUUGAAGGAUUGGCAGAAGUGAAAGUUGACUUGAGUGACCACUUUAUUCCUGCUUGGAAGGAUUGACAGAAGCAAGAAAGUGAAGACCUGUGUGGAGAUAUUCUUGUUCAGCAGCUUCUGAUAUGGUAGCCUCAAACCCUUCUAUAUAAACUUGCUUCUGCUGGUAUAAGAACCACUGCUGCUAGACUUGUAACAUCACACUCCGACACAGAAGUUUGUGUGAAGAUUGCAAGUUACCGAGUGGCAUUUGUGCUUGGUACAGUUGGUACAACAGCACCAACAGUGAUAUGUCAUUUUCUGUGGUAGUUGAGGCAGUUCUGACCCCCAGAGGCACCUCGUUACGGGAGGCACCACAGCCCUCAUACACCUUCGCAUCGUCCUCGCUCACUCGCUCUGGGUUAUAUACUCCUCUAUAUAGUCAUUUGCUAGUAACUUCAGGAUCUAAUAUUAUAUAGUAAUUAGAGAAAAUAUAAAACUUACCGUGCAUGAGGUAUGAACAGUGUUGAGAGUAACCAUGUAAACAUGAUGUUGCUUGUGUGUACUGGUAGACAAGUGAGGGCUGGGGAGAGUGACAGGGCCAUGUGGACGGCAUGUAUGUUGUGGACGGUGUCAUCCCGCCGUCCAGCUAUGCAGCAGCCCACUAUGCACACCAGCUGUACAUUGCUUCAUGUUUUGUACAUUAUGUAUUAGAGAUGAGCAGUUUCUCAGGAUACCUGUUAAAAAGUAUCGGACUAUGUCAGCAGUGUCUGAAGAGUAAUUGGAUGAACAACAUUGUUUUAUGUCAACAAUUUGGUGGUAUUUUAAGUUUUGUCGUGACAGUGUUGUAAGAUGUGACACUGGGUACUGAACAAAGAUAGCAAAGUAGCUCUCCUAGUGUUCCUAUUACUAUUUUAUGAGCACUGUUGAAAUAUAUCUUGUUAAUUCUAAAUUAGAUUUUGCUCUGGGUACCAAAGAUUCUUUCCUUUAUAAACUGCCAUUGAUCAUAUGGUGCAAAGGCUGUUCACCAAUCACACGCAAGUGAUGAAUCUGAUAAAUGUGAAUCGGCCAAUCACAAAUAGGUAAGGCUUUGUGUUUAUAAGGACUAACUAAUCAGGAAUGUUAAAGAUUCGAUCCCAUGAUCAAUCAGCUGCCUUAUUACCAGAAUGUGCAGGAAAGCCUCUUUGCAUGUUUAGAGCAAGAUGGUCUUCCUAGUUUCUUUCAGAAUAAAUAAAAAUCCUAACCAAAAAAUAUUACACUUGAUGGCAACACAUUUGAUACAGUCAUAAAGAUUUCCAUGUUGUUUAUAUGAAUUUUCUAUGUACAGAGUUAGAGAUGAGCUUUUUGUAAAUAGUCUUCCUUGGAGUCUCAGAGAAUAACUUAAGAAUGUGUCGUAAUCACUCAUUAGAAAUCACCUGGUUGGAGUAGUGUUGCAACCAGAUGUUCCUCGUAUAUUUGGACGCUAAAUCCUCUUCUUUGUAAGUCCCAUUACACUCUGCUCAACACAAAAGUCAACUCUUUAUAAUGCCUGGACUGGCUCUGUGGUUCAUUUACUCCCUCUUCUACACUCCUUCUCCAUUAAAUAACUAAACAAGUUAUCCAGUACAGUAAUUUCUUUGUUUCCUACCUACCAAACCCCUUUCCCACGUGGGAUUUAUACAUCAUUUUCAUGUCUGUGUUACCACUAAUGUCCGACCGCAUUUUCUCUCACUAAUUGAUUAUUGUAGUCAAUUAUCCCCAAACCCACGUUCACCUCCAUUGGGUUUUUCUCACCAAGGUUAUCAUUUAUUUAGUCACCUCCUCCAGAUUACCUCUUUCAGCGUACCUCUACUAAUACUGGCUGACCCCUUAGGAUGACUACCUGUGGUUAUUCUCAUGGGUCCUAACAUCCCCCUUCCCUCUCAAUUUUCUGGCUUUCCUUUCAUCUCCUGGCUUUUCUUGGGUUACCCUUCGAGAUCAAUACAUAAUACUUCUAUCUGUAUAUUACCACCACAUACCCCAGUUCCUCUCGCGAGCAGAGUGUAGUGGGCUCCCCACCCCCCUGACCCCCAUGUUGGUGCUUCCACUGCUACCUGCGCCGUUCUUCCGUGAGACUCCAGUGGAGGAAGAAGCCAUAUAUUCAGAGACAAUAAAGGCGAUUUUGAUGUA